AUGGGUAACUUGGUCUCGCAGUGCGUCACGGGCGACGCAGAGCGCGCGGGGCCGCUGGUCGUCCUGCCGGACGGCAGCCAGUUCCGGCUGGAGGAGCACGCCGGCGUCGCGGAGCUGAUGAUCGAGGCGCCGGGGCACGUGGUUGCCCAGGCGAGGGACGCCGCCAAGGAGCGGCGGCUGCGAGCCCUGGCGGCCGACGAGUUCCUGCGCGCCGGCGAGGUGUACCUCCUCGUGCCCGCUGGGAGGGCCGGGGCGCGCCUGGGCGGUCAGGAGGCGGACGCCAUCCGCCGGCUGGUGUCCGGCAAGAAUGGUGGCAAGGGCAAGGGCAGCAGGUCCGGGAGAAGGAUUUUCCCGGAAGGAGAAGCAGCGAGCACCGAGGAUGGAAAUGAGUCUGCUGAAUGUGCGCUGCUUUGUAGGAUUAGGCCAAGGCAGUGGAGGCCCGCCCUCGACACCAUCUUCGAGGCUUAG